AUGGAUCCCACGGGUAGAGAUCCGGAAGGCCUUACGAAGUGCUCCGAUGCUAAGAGUCGAAGCACACGGCAUGAGAAACGAGGGCCUUCUGAAACAAGCAGGCAUGUUACAAAUGAGUUAACGCAACCAGGACUGCACAAUGAAAAUAAAUCAUUAGACGAUAACGGUUCAGGGGAGAUGCCGUCAGGAAAUCGACACGUUUGCCUGGAAGAUGGGCAAGAAGACCAUGAGGGGGAAUGGCCUCUGCAAACGCAACAGACCCAUGACGUACAUCAGGAGAUAUCAGCCAUCGAACUGCCACUGCAACUAAAGGGAGUCUGUGCCCAAGAGGACAAGGAGAUACAUGCUAAGGAGGGGCGGUGUGAUCAAACUCAAGAACAGGCUUCAGAGGAAGCCCAAAACUCCGGAAGCCAUGAUAGUGAAGGGGCGUCUCCUGAGAGGCAAACAGCCUUCGAAGAACAGCAAAACAAGCAGGAUACUCAUGAAGCGCAUCUAUCCAAGGGUGAAGACACAGUUUUACAAAGAGCUGCUGGAAAUGAUAUAGCUGUCCAGCGACAAUGUAAAGUACCAGAAGACGCUGGGCAGGUGAGGACCUAUGAGCAGCAGAUGGAGCAGGUGCAAGCAUUACAAGGAGCUCAACAGGGAAUUUCGCACAACUCAGGCAGCUCCCAACAGAAACCCCAGCCCAAGAAAGAGAAAUGCGAAAGAGAAAAGCAAGCUUUUAUUGGCCAUUCGCGUCAAGAGAAGUUCAGUACCCAAAGCGGCUUGCAAGAAACACAAAAUCAUGUACAACCGGCGGAAUCAUGUCUGCAGCCCCAGUUUCUACUGCACUCCGAACAACAGGAUGUUGUGCAACAUAAGAACCUUCAAGACCAUAAUUGCGUGCAACUCACAAAAUAUAAAGCGGCGACCGAAUACCCACUGGAACAACAGCGAAUUCAGGCAUACAUAGGCGAUUUAGAGAUGGACCUUCAAGCAAACGAAGAGCUCGGUGUCCACCGUCGCAGCCUCCCAAUCAAGAUCCCAAGGCAUGCGGAUACUGAAAUGGCUUCCAUGGCUCUGCAGGGGCAUGCUAAAGUAGCAACACUAUCCGGAGGGGUGCAUUCGAGCGCGAGAAGAAGCACAGAGCUCUUUGACAGUAAAACAGCCACAGCGCUCCAGAGCCUUUUUGCAAUGCAGGUGGCUCUAACGAGUGAAGAAGUGGUAGUUGAGUACCAAAAAGGUGCGGUGGAGGACAGGAGCCACUUGGCUGUAGACGAUGGAGGAGGGAAAGCGCAAAAAGAAGAACGCUUGCAGUCUCAGAGGAAAAGACUCUGCCAGAACGCGCAAGCCAUACACAAUAGGAUAAUGCAACAAAUAAAGGAGAAACUUGAGCUUUUCAAAUCAUCAAGGAAGCAUGCUCAGCAUGAGCACAACGAUAGAAGGGAAAAAAUGGAAUGUGCGCUACAAUCAUUUCAAAUACGGCUGGAAGCAGUUCUGCAAUACCGCCGACUUGAACUACUAGGCUCCUAUGGUUUCUUGAAGCGAGACUUUCAUGCAACAAAUUACUCUUUAAGGGCUAAGAUCCCUAGUGCAGCCAGACAAGCCAUUGGCAUUCAACGUGGCAUUGAUGGUCCGAAUUGGAAGCUAAUGCCACAAGCACUGCGCAUACGCCUUGAUCUGUGUCGCGCCGUGAAAGAUGAUAUUCCAAGAGGGCACUACGUGAUGAUGGUUUCGGUAUGGAACCGAUUGGGAGGCCACAAGCUGACUUGGACCUACCUCAACCAGUAUGCGUCCUCCUUGGAGGCAGGCCAGCAAAAUGACGGAGCAGAUCUGAGCACUACCGGAGGUGCCAAGGACAUCUUAGCUACUAGCCCUUGCGCUGUUUCUGCACCUGUGGCUUUUGCUGCAAUGUAUUUCAGUGAAUGCCUCAGGUUCGAUGAAACGCUUUAUUUGAAUUGUCCAUCUGAGGCCGACAUUAAACCGUCCAUGUGCUUGAUAUUUCAGCUAUAUCUACUUCGCGGAGCAGUGUCACCCGUAGAUAAGGUGCCCCUGUUUUUGGGUGAAGUGGACACUUCAAUCCAGCGCUUUAUGGACAUAGAGGACAUGCUUCGUACUCGAUUCGAGAGAUGGCUUUGCAACCUAUAUUUUCGUGUUGUACGAAUACCUAAAGAAGUAGACGGCUUCCACGAGUUUGAGGUGCCCCUUCAGUAUACGGGACGGAUGCUGAAUAUCCCAGACGAAUUGCCCCUCCCAAGGGAAUCCCAUCAUGCCUUUUCUCUCCGUAGCAGCCGCAGCAGUCACACCGCCCAUAAUAGCAGUCGCAGCAACACAGGACAAGAUACUCUCGACGAAGAAAGGCAAGCCCGUCGCCGUGCACUGAAUUAUGGAAUGCAACCAUUCUCCAGGGCAACGGAGCGGGAUCUCGCCUCAUUCCAGUAUUCAGGUUUAGCGGGCGCGGCUUUGUUGUUUGCCCUUGGAGCGUUGUGGUUUGCCGUCUUCAUCGCUUUGUUUGGUUCGUGGAUUUUCCUGAAAGCUUGUGGAAUUCCGGUGUACAGCGCCGAGAUAAGCGGCCUCUAUAUCCGGUUGGGUUACGUCCAGGAAUUGCUCUCGUUAGGAGCUGCAGUGGUGUACGCCGGAAGUGGCUUCCUGACUGCCCUACUCGUAUUUGCAGUGCUCUGCACUGUGGCCAGAUCGGCACACUGCCUUAUCGGACGAUUACCGAAUGCAGCUUAUCGUUUCAUGGCGCCUUUGGGAGUUUGGAUUUCGCUGUUACCCGUUCUUCUGGCGCUUAUAGAGGGAUUUGGGGGAGAAUCGGCGGGUGUGACGUUUGCACUGCAUAAUUGCUUUAAGCGAGAGACUGGUUUUGGAGCUCUAGGGGUCGCCCUAACGGUCAUAAUGGAUAUAAGCUUUGUUGCCAUUAGUUCCAUGGUGAGCAAACCACAGCUAAAGGUGCUCUCCAUAUUUGAUGCCUUGCAUGGGAGGACUAAAUCAAUGCAGCCUAGCUGA